AGUCUUAUCGUCCACACGAUGGCUCGCGUACCACCACUGUCAUGUCUCAUCGUACUGCCACUGAUCACGCUUUACGCGACAUAUCACGUAAACGCAACUAUUUUUGUGCCCGAAGAAAUCCCAUCGUUGUUGUCUGUAGUUUACAGUAACAUGCCACCGAUCAAGAAAGGUACCGACUCGAAACUGGGCGUGGGUUUUCGGUUGGGUCCGAACGCAGAUGUGCAGUUCCAGUUGGAACUUGGGCCGCAGACCAACACGUUACCCAUCGGUGGCAGUGCAGGGGCGAACACCGCCUCCGCACCCGCAGUGGCGAAUAAGAGGCACGCGACCGUCGGACAGGGCAGUGGCUCAAGUGGCGGCAAGCCAAAGGACUGGCUGAACGCGUGGCGGUUGCAGAUGAGUCCUGGAUACGUGGCGGACGAUGAAAGCAAUAACGUUGUCUCCGGUGAAGUGAUGGGUAGCAGUGACGGCGGCUCCUUGGACGCGGUGGCGCACCUAAGACAGCUAUACAAACCACAACCGAUUACCGCAUAGCCGGAUACACUGCAAUGUAGACACUAGUUGUAGUACUGUAUAGUACACUAGGCUAUUUAUUAUUAUGAUUUUAAUUUACACCAAACGAUAUUUGUUUUUUCCAUUUCCCCGUUAUUUUGUAAACGCAAUACAGGUUGAUAUUUAGGUAUUUAUUAGUAUUGUUAGGUACCUAGUGAUAAUUUAUCAAAUGUAUAUAUUACGUAGUUAUAAUAUUAUUAUAAUAAAUUAUAGUCGUAAGACCUCUUGAAAUAAUAAUAAUAAUAAUAUGUAAUAAUAAUUAAAAAUGUUACAUGGCGUGAUUAUAAGAAAAACUUUGAUUUCUAAUGAAUGGCCGCUGACUAGCUUAGAUAUUCAUCCCUUGGCUAAAUUUAAAUUAUUUAAACCUUAUAUUAGGAACUUUUUAAUUGGUCUGAUAUUUGUAUUUACCUAUUAUAUAUUUUUACCUAAAGGUAAAAUGUCAGAACAUGAUAUUACUCGUAAAAAAAUAACAUAAUAUGCCCAUAAUCCAUAUGCUCACAUUUAUAAAUUAUAACAUUUAUUUUAAUAACAUUUGUAAUUGUAAAUGCAUUUUUAAUUGAUAAUUUAAUCACUGUUUGCAUUGAUUUGUGUUUUUAGUUAUUACCUAGUAGUACAUACAUUAAGUUAGAAGUUAGAAUGUUUCUUGAAGAAUUAGGUCAUGUGGGCGUCCUCAGUAGUACAUACAUAAUAAUAUAAUAUAGUACCUACUACACCUAGUUAUUUUUCAAGAUGAAUUUUUUGUAACAUGCAAUAAAAUAUUCUGAAUUAUUUUAAUAUAUUAUAAUUUAUAAAUAUA